AUGAAUGGUCGUCUCCAAAUUAUUCUCUUCUUAACGGUAUGCUGUUUAUUCACAACUGUUCAUUCUCUGAGAGGAGCAUUGUUCCGAAGCGGAAGAAGCUAUCGUUACCUUCAACUUCCACAAGUUGAAAGCCAAGAAAACGUUGAUAAGCGUUCCAACAUCAUCUUGUCUCCUUAUGGGAAUAACGGCGCUCAACAUCCACUGAUGCGAAAUUACUUCUACGAUCUUCUUAACAAUCCAAGAAAUAACAAGUGA